UUUAAAGAGAGAUACCGGUACAUAUGCUUGUUGCUAUUUACGGAUGCUGUGUUUGUACUCGAAUUGUUUUAGUAGAGAAAAAUACAUAUUUAGCUGUCAUGUUGUAAAUCAGUGACUUAGAUUUACAAUAAACUGAUUGUUGGGUAAAUGGAACUAGUUCAAACAUUAAAUAUACUUCCAUUCCUUUGACACAUAUUUAAAAGAAUACUGAGGUAAUGAUUCAGUAUGUCUACCUGUUACAUUAACUCCAGUUAUGUUGUUAUCUGUGUAUUCAUUUUAUUAUUCAAUUUAAUUUGUGGAUCGAAUUGUUCAAACUUUAUGACAGUUAUAGAAAUUGAUGGAGAAUCCACUCGGUUGCAGAAACUAAUAGCUGAUAAUGAAACAGGAGAAAUAUAUGUUGGGGGGCAAAACAUCUUGGUUCAGCUUAAUCCAGCACUUGAAAUUAAAAACCAGGUGACAAUAGGUCCAACAAAUGAUAACAAAAAUUGUUUACCAUUUCCUGAAAGUUGCCAUGAACAAAGAAUCAAAAUGGCUAAUGACGUUAAGAUACUUGAAAUUGAUCAUAGAAAGCGUAAAUUGUUAGUUUGUGGUAGUGGACAACAAGGUCUUUGUCACAUGCACAGUUUAAUAAAUAUCACUAAUCUGCAAGCCAUGGACAGAACCACCAUUACAAAUUUUGUGGGAAGUCGUUCUUCUAGUGCAGCAUUUUUUGGUUUGGUGAAUAAUAUCAAUUUUUUAUAUGUUAUGCAGACCUAUGAUAAAAGGAACUUGAGUCUUUCACCACUACUGCUAUCGACAAGAAGAAUUGAACAGUUUAAUCAUGGUUUUAAUAUUUCUUAUUUUGUUGAUGAGCCGGAGCUUGAUUUGUUUUCUGGUCUUGAUGUACAUCCGAUUUUAAAACCAAACUUUUACAUUAAAGCUAUAAUAGCUUUCAGCCAUAAAGGAUAUGGAUAUUUUCUUAAAGUUCAGGAAGAAGAUGGUAUUGUUGUUACAAAACUUGGACGUGUUUGUUUACAAGAUCAAAAUUAUUAUUCAUAUUUGGAAACGAAAUUGGCAUGUACACGUAAUAACUUUUUGUUUAAUGUAACAACAGCUGCCCACAUAGCAGACGAAAAUUUAUAUGUGGCAGCCGGCAAGAAUUUGAAGCAGUCUUAUGAAUAUGAUCCUAAAGGUGGAUCUGCUGUGUGUCUGUUUCCUCUUUCUAAUAUUGAGUCACAUUUUCAAGAAGUUCUGCUAGAUUGCUACGAAGCUGGUACAGGUAUAGAGCCAUUUUGGAUCUUUAAUGCUAAAACGAAAUGUAAACAAAACAUUAAAAUAGUACAGAAAAUUCAAGAUGGGACUACAGAUAGUAUUUGUAGUAUUAAAAAGAGACGUGGAAUUCAAUCAGAAAAAGAGAUGGAAGCUAAUGGAUUUUUUGACACAGAUAAGAUAAUCCAAGCAGUAGCUUCUAUACAACAACAUGAACAAACAAUUGUUCUAUUAGGAACAGUGGAUGGAUUUUUGUUGAAGGUACAUAAAUCUAAAGGACGAGAAUAUAUGAGUUUAUAUCUAGGUAAUACUACAUCCCAACAAUCUACAGCUAUAGAAUCUACUAUGUAUGUUGAUAAAGAUAAAGAAAGAUUAUAUCUACUUACUGGUAAUAAGGUUAUAAAGUUUUCCUUAGAUUCAUGUGGAGUACAUAGUGAUUGUGAUUCAUGUUUAUCAAGUUCAGAUCCUCUGAGAUGUGGCUGGUGUAGGGGAAAGUGUACAACAUAUAAUGAAUGUGAUAAUGAUUUUAAUCGUAAUCAAUGUCCACCUUCUCUUCAUUCUAUUAAUCCUCUAAAUGGUCCAACUCAAGGUGGAACUUUAUUGACUUUGACUGGUCAAAAUUUUGGAAGCGCAAUAUUAAAAGAUAAAGCCAGUCUGACUGUUGAAAUUUCUAAAAUAAAAUGUGACAUUAAAAAUGGGAAUUCAACAUGGUUAAUAUGUCGAACUGGUCCUGCUCCUGUACAACAGAGACCAGUACAGAUAACAGUUACAGGUAGUACCACGUUUGGUAGAAGCUACCAUGUAGAAGGCACUGAUUACUCUGAACAAUAUUUCUCUUAUCAGGAACCAAAAAUAGAGUCUUUUCAACCAAAACGAGGGCCUGUAGCAGGAGGGACUAACAUAAGGAUCAAGGGAGAUAAUUUGAACAUAGGAGGAUUGCCAAAUGUGUCUGUUGCUUAUAAUUUUAAUUGUAUCAUUUUCAAUUUAACUAGUACACAGAUUGACUGUACAACUGUUCCUUGGUCAGAAACAUCUGGUUUCAUAUCAUCAAGAAGAAAAAGAUUUAUAAAUAGAGCUAAAGGAAAUGGUCCACUCAUUGUUAAAAUUGAUGAUGCUACCUUAAGUAUUGAUGAAAAUGAAGAAACUAACUUUUUCUACUUAGAAAACCCGACAAUUGAUCAUAUUUUACCACGUCAAUCUUUUGUUAGUGGUGGUAUACCAAUAACUGUGAGAGGAUCUAACUUGGAUUCAGUAGCUAGACCGUAUAUAGGAGGUUCGUUAGAUGGGAAAGACUUAACACAACAAGAGCUUUGUAAUGUUACGGAAGGAGGAGAAGCUAUGAUUUGUCCAGCUCUUGAUUUUAGUUCUGUCAUCACCAAUGCAGAGAAAACAGAUCCAGAGGAAGUCAACUUGUGGUUUAUUAUGGAUGGUGUGGAAAAUUUACGCAACUUUCAUCAAACACAGGGGAAAUUAAGUAGUUUUACAUAUUAUCCUGAUCCAGUGUUUGAUAAAUUUCGUGGAGACGGGAAUGUUUUAGAGUUUGAUGUUUCACAAUCAAAUCUUGUCAUUGAAGGUGAUAAUAUAGGAUUAGGUUUUACACAGACAGAUAUAAAAGUUAUUGUAGGAGAUGAUAUAUGUAAAGUAAAAGAUUUAGAAGAAACUAAUAUUAAAUGUAUUCCGAGUAAUAAACCAACAUCUAUAAGUGAAAAUGAACCCAAGAGAAAAGUAGAGGUUCAUGUUGGUAAUCUUCAUUAUGAAAUAGGAUUUGUCAUAUAUACAGCAGGAGCAUCAGCUGCAACAUACCAACUUGUUAUACUGGGUGUAAUAAUAGCUUUAAUCUGUAUAGCCGUUUUCGUUAUAUUAUGUAUAAUGAAGAAAAAACGUAUUGGUUUCUUUAAACCCCCACGUGAUGAUCGUAGUAUCAGAUAUACACAAGGUGAUCAUAUUGGUAUUGAUAGUUUAACACAACCUGGUGAACAUACUUUUAACCUAGAAAACAGACAAAACAAUUAUACAGAAAGAGAUGCUAUUGCUGCAGCUGCACCUUCAACCCUUAUAGAUGAUGAUCUGUUAGCUUUAAUAAAAAAUGAAAAUCUGCUUAUAGACAGUGAACAUUUAACUAAAACUGAAAUAUUGGGCAAAGGUAAUUUUGGCUGUGUAUAUAAAGGGUUUCUUACAUUGCCUGAACAAAAAGGAGAUAUAUUGGUUGCUGUUAAAACUUUACAUCAGAGUAAUCCUCGUGAAAUAGAGCUAAAUGCUUUUCUUCAAGAGGCUCUAUUAAUGAAAGAUUUUCAUCAUGAGAAUGUUCUAGAAUUAAUUGGGAUAUGUCUUGGAUUAGAUGCCAUGCCUCUUGUUGUUCUACCGUUUAUGGAACACGGUGAUUUACUCAGCUACAUCAGAGAUGAAAAUAAUAACCCCACAAUUAAAGAUCUAAUACUGUUUGGUAUAGAUAUAGCUAAGGGAAUGGAAUAUUUAGCUGGCCUUAAGUUUGUUCAUAGAGAUUUAGCUGCCAGAAACUGCAUGUUGGAUCAAGAUUUCCGAGCAAAGGUGGCUGAUUUUGGUUUAGCAAGAGAUAUCUAUGAAAAAGAUUAUUACAGUUCAGACAAUAAAAAAACGAAAUUACCAGUAAAAUGGAUGGCAAUGGAAAGUUUGGAAAAAGGAAUGUACAGUGCUAAAUCAGAUGUGUGGUCGUUUGGUGUAGUUUUAUGGGAGUUGAUGACAAGGGGAGUUAAUCCGUAUCCCGAGGUAGAUAACUGGGAUGUUAUACGUUAUUUAAAGGCUGGAAGAAGAAUGGCUCAACCCCAAGACUGUCCUGAUCCUUUGUAA